GCCAUUAUACAUUGAACCUAAUGAUUCAAUGAGUGUAACCCGUAACUAUAUUAUUACUGUGCGGUUGGUCGUGACAUUGUACGGUUUUGUUUUGCAUAAACUAUGUCUGAAGUAACAGCAAAGGGUGAAGAACUAUUAUUUGAGCAGGCGAAGAGCAAGUUCAGUGAAUUAUUCGGGCGAAAGGCUUCAGCCGGGGCCAGUGCGCCCGGACGAGUUAACCUCAUCGGAGAACAUGUAGAUUAUUGCGAUGGAUUCGUAUUACCUGUGGCACUUCCAUUUACCACGGUAGUUGUGGGGGCCUACAACAAUUUAGAUGAAUGUAGGGUCCACACCGUCCUAACCAAUGGUGAAGAGAGAAAUACCAGUUUCGUUUCUCCAACAGUUGGCGUCCUCAAACCAGGCGAACCAGCCUGGGCUAAUUACGUCAAGGGAGUGGUCGCUAAAUUUCCAGUUGCUGUUCAUGGAUUUGAUGCCGUGAUUGUCUCCGACGUACCCAUGGGCGCCGGGGUAUCCAGUAGUGCCUCUCUCGAGGUUGCCUUUUUCACCUUUCUGGAGUCAUUGACCGGACUAAGCGUGGGACUAGUGGAAAAAGCUCAACUGUGUCAGAAGGCAGAACACGAGUUCCCUGGUAUGCCCUGCGGCAUCAUGGAUCAGUACAUCGUGACAAUGGCUAAAAAAGAUCACGCCCUACUGAUAGAUUGUCGAUCCUUAGAAGCAAAGCAGAUCCCUCUACAAAUAGGCAACGCAGUGAUUUUAGUAGUUAAUUCCAAUGUUAAACAUCAGCUGACUGGGAGCGAGUAUCCCUUACGUAGAUCGCAGUGCCAAGACGCCGCGAAGAUACUCAAAGUAGCCUCACUUAGGGAUGCACGUGUCAAGAAUAUAGAAGAUUUGAAAAGUCUUAACUCGGAUCCGGAUAUUGUUAAGAGGGCAAAACAUGUCGUCGAAGAAAUCACACGGACUGAGAAAGUCGCUACUCUGCUGCCAAAAAAAGAUUUAAAGGAAGUUGGAGCUCUUUUAUACCAGUCACAUAAAUCGCUAAGUCAAUUGAUGGAGGUCUCUUGUCCGGAGUUGGAUCAGCUCGUCGAUAUAAUGAGGACCUCUCCGGGUGUUUAUGGUGCACGGAUGACAGGCGGUGGUUUUGGAGGCUGUGUUAUUGCUUUGAUAGAGGAGCAAUAUUCAAAGGAUAUCAAAGAUAAGGUUUUACAGGAGUACAAAGGAAAUCCGACAUUUUUUAUUUGUAAACCAAGUAAUGGCGCAAAAAUUUUAAAAAUAUAACGAUGUUUUUAAAUA